AGCAGCUCCCAGUGGGCCCUGCCCUGUGCCCUGCCCUUUGGCAUUCCCAUUGAUAAUCCCAGAUCUAAAUUCAAAAGUUUCAUGUGUAAAUUAACCCAGAGUCAUGGCCACUGGCAUUCCCUUGAGCAGCGAGUGCAAGCAUGUCUUUGACCAGAUCUGGCGACUGAAGCAGCACCGCUAUGCCAUCUUUAGGAUCGAGAACGAACGCCGGAUCCGGGUGGAAUGGCUGGGGGUACGGGAAGCCGGCUACGAGGAGUUUCUGGCAGAUUUGUGCCGCGCUGGUCCGGAUCAAUGCCGCUAUGCUGUGUACGAUUAUGCCUAUAGGCAGCAGUAUCAGGGCACUACGGGCACCCGACUGCGGGAGAAGCUAUUCCUUAUGCUGUGGUGUCCAUCGCAGGCUCAGAUCAAGGACAAGAUGCUGUACUCCAGCACAUUUGCGGUGCUCAAGCAGGAGUUUGUGGGCGUGGGAAAGUGCAUACAGGCCACCGAGUUGGAUGACAUUCAUCGGGACAGGGUGGAGAAUGAGCUGUGCUGGGACAGGGAGGAUUAGGAGGAGGAGGGAGGAUUCUAUGGACGCUUCCUUUUCUCAUUAUCUGCGAGACUAAAAAUACUUUUGCGAGGGCAAAGUUUUGGAAUUCCGACUUUUUUAUCUCAUCCAUAAAUCAGAGGCAAGUUGAGAGAGCCAAGGAUCCUCGUCCUGGGGCGACGCCGCCGCCGCCGGCGCGGCUUUCCAUAUCAUUUGGCAGCAGUCGGAAAUUAAUCAAAUUGACGAGGAGCACGUCACCAGGCUCAAUUGCUACACUUCAAACAGGAUUUUUCGCAUUUAAUGUGCUGUGCAUCGCAUCGAUUCCCGGCAACCAAUUGGAAAAGUUAAUGCGAAUGGAAAUGAAACCGACAUGAAAACUGAAAAUGAAAAUGUGAAUGAAAAUGUUACUGAAUAUGUGAACCCUUGCUGAUGUCUUGCGAUGAUGAUGAUGAUGUGCAACUGCUGCAGGAUGGACAUGGUGUAAUUUUAUCUUCUCAGCUGUGGGGAAUAUCAACAAGGACAAUCACAAGGACAACUCGGAAUUCAAGGAAAACGGUUAACAGCCAGGAAGUUGGACAAAGAAAGCCAUGCUUUCAAAUGAAGCGAGGGAAACGCAAACAAAAAGAUAAAGAAAAAAAGAAGAAAACCUCAAAGAGAUGCAGUCAUAAAUUCUGGCAAGCUCCUUCGUCCUUUUUUUUUUCGCAACAAAUGCGGAUGGAUGUGGCACACACACACAGUCAGUCGGGGCGAGUGUAAAUAUCAAAGCAAAGGCAAAAAAGAAAAAGAAAAGCGAAACCCGAAAUCCACGCAAAUCUAGUGGAAAAUUAAAAUUUUGCCAAUUUAUGCGUGCCACAGGGAAGGGGGUUGUUACACUGAAAAUAAAUUGAAAGAAUUUGAAAAUAUAUAAAUAAAAAGAAAAUUAAUUAAUUAAUUAAA